AUGGCCAGAGGGAAUCAGAGAGAUUUGGCCAGAGCUAAGAAUUUGAAGAAGCAACAGGAUGCUGCCAAGAACGCAAAGAAGAGUGGCGAUCCUGCCAAAAGAAUGGAGAGUGAUGCUGAGAAGAUGAGAAGAAAGCAAGCUGAAGGUAUGUGGUAA